AGCCGCGGGGGCCCGCAGCCGUGGAGGAAGCCCCGUGAGGAGCCGCACGUCCGGGGACCGAUCUGCGCUUCUUUCAGCUGAGCUAACGUUAUUGCAUCUAUUAGCAAAAAAGAACUCGCUAGCUAAGGAGCUAGCGAUAGCACUUAGCUAUCCCUGCCCUGUCGUCGAGCGAGCUGAGCGCUAGCACUGUAGCCUAGCCCGCUAACCAGUGACAACUGACAAAGCUCAUUUGAAUUAUACGAGAUAAGCGUUACUCCCAGUGUUGGUGGUCUGGACUCGACUUUAAUCUUUUGUUGAUAACGUGUUUUUCACACCUCCUGCGAUUAAUUGUCCUAUUAUGACUCAAGCAGCAUGAACGGGACUGGGCAUGGAUGAUGUGAUCCGGAACAUACAAGAGUGAAAGAGGACAUUUCCUGUUUGUGUCAAUAAGAGCCACAAUUGACACAUUUCCAGUUUCCCUUCAUAAGACAACGUCCCAGUAAUUCACACGGCCGGUGAAUUCACCUGUCUACAGUUCUUUCUGCACCUGAACCAUGUGAGGGCCCCUCGGUCCAGUCUGAGGGGAUCCCAGGACUGUUGCAAGUACGACCCCGCUGUGCGGGGCGAGACUGAUCCUGUCUGUGUUUGAGAGAGCAGUCUUUUCAGUAGCCCCCUCCACACCCACACAUUCCUGCUCUCCUUACUGAGGAGACACGCCAUGAUGUUCCGAGACCAAGUAGGUAUCCUCACAGAUUGGUUUAAAGGCUGGAAUGAGUGUGAACAGACGGUGGCACUGUUGUCCCUCCUGAAGAGGGUGUCCCGCACCCAGGCUCGCUUCUUACACAUCUGCCUUGAACACUGGCUGGCAGACUGCACAGAGAUCCACAUCCUUGAGGCUGAAGCCAACAAUGCAGCGAUUGUCAGCCAGUGGCACCAGGAGCCAAAGGAGAAAGUGGUUUCCUUGCUGCUGUCUCAUCUGCCUCUGCUGCAGCCACGCAACAGUGAGGCCAAAUGUGAGUACAUGAAGCUGCUGCAGAAGGUGUUGAGUCACACCAUCGAGAGUAGUCUGUUUGUGGAAGAAAGCAGACAGCUGCUUUCCUAUGCUCUCAUCCACCCUGCGACCACACUGGAUGACCGUACCUCUCUGGCCAUGUGGCUAAACCACCUGGAGGAACACCUAUCAAGUGGAUACGCGCCUCGGCCUCAAUCCAGUCCCUACCACCCACGCCAGGGCUCAGAUGAGUGGCCCAGCUCAGCUGAGGCUAUGGAGCCUGGCCUUGCUUGGCAAGAAAAGUCCCCAUCAUCCAGCACAUCUCCUGCAGGCCAGAAUGGACACAUGUCAUUCCCAGGCGGGAUGUCCUCUCCCAUCAACAGCAAUAACACAGGUCUGGGUGGGCAGAUGCAGCCCAGCCCUCUGAAGAAGUCCAUGUCCGUUAUUCCUUCCAGUCCACAGGCUUGUGGCACUGAGUGGGUUAGCCACGAUGACAUAGGAGGGCGACAGAGCUUUAUGCCAACAGAUCACGCACCUCUGUCACCCCAAAGCAGUGUGGCCUCGUCAGGCAGCGAGCAGACAGAAGAUCAGGGCUCCGCUCGCAACACUUUCCAGGAGGAUGGCAGUGGCAUGAAAGAUGUUCCGGGGUGGCUGAAAAGUCUCCGCCUUCAUAAAUAUGCAUCGCUUUUCUCCCAGAUGACCUAUGAUGAGAUGAUGAUUCUCACAGAGCAUCACCUUGAGUCACAGAUGGUCACCAAAGGAGCGCGGCAUAAGAUUGCCUUGAGUAUCCAGAAGCUGCGAGAGAGGCAGAGUGUGCUCAAGUCUUUAGAAAAGGAUAUUUUGGAAGGGGGGAACCUUCGUAACGCCCUUCAGGAGCUGCAGCAGAUCGUCACCACACCCAUUAAGGCCUACUUCCCACCCAGUGCAACACAGCCUACCUUAGAAACCACCUCCUCCCCUUCAGAAGCCUCAAAAACAGGAGGUGAUAAAGAGCCAGGCUCAGAGGGCUUCCAGUCCCACAACCCCCCUCCCUGCGAUGGAGACUCCGGAGCCACACCUAUCUCAGACGGCGACAUUGCUGGACAGUUCACCCGUGUCAUGGGCAAAGUGUGCACCCAGCUGCUGGUGUCCAGGCCAGAUGAGGAGAAUAUCAGCUGCUACCUUCAGCUCAUCGAGAAGUGUCUAACACAUGAGGCUUUUACAGAAACUCAGAAGAAGAGGCUGGUCUCCUGGAAACAGCAGGUCCUCAAAUUGCUCCGCCUCUUCCCUCGCAAAGCUAUGCUGGACAUGCCUGUGUACCGACAGAAAGGUUGGACGUAUGGGUCCAACUCCCUCCCCACAGCCGGCUCUGUGAGUGGAGGUGUAGGGCGACGAGGGCAAAGGCCGUUCCCGAUGACCCCUCGUGGACUCCCAGCUGGUCGCAUAAGUCUUCUGACUCCUGGUGGGAUUGGCGGAGCAUCUCCACGCCACACACUCACUAAUCCUGUGCUGGCAGGCCAGGGUAGACAAAACCUGUGGUUUGCCAACCCCGGGGGCAGUAACAGCAUGCCAAGUCAGAGUCGCAGCACUGUGCAGCGGACCCACUCACUUCCUGUCCACACCUCCCCACAAACCAUGCUCAUGUUCCAGCAGCAAGAAUGCCAAGUUCCAGGUGCUGACCUGGAGAUCAACCCCACGCUGGAGUCAUUGUGCCUCAGUAUGACAGAGCAUGCCUUAGGGGAUGGAACGGACCGGACAUCAACAAUAUGAAGAGAAGAAAGGAAAAAUACACUUCAUCUGAGGCCUGUUCAGUUCCUCGUCACCCAGCACAAAGAUAUACGUAUGCUUAAGAAAACCAGGCAAAGCAGUCACUACAAAAUGACAAAAAACUGUGUAUAUGUUCUCUAAUAUUUUUGUACUUUAUUAUAUACAACUAAGUUUAUUAAAAAUGGAAUACAGAUGAUUAUUAUAUUGCAGGACAGAGCAAACAAAGGUUAACUGUGCAAUCUGCUCCGUGUCACCUGCAGGACUGUGACAUGACGUGCAGAGGGUCAGUUUGCCACGGUCUGAGAGAAAAACGGUCGAUUGGUGCUGUCUUAAAGGGUUUCUGCCCUAUGAGUUACUUUUCUUUUUUCUCCUGCCAUGGAGCAAGGGGUUCUAUCCAGAACACACUGCAUAACGUGUAAAUCAGACAAUGUC